UAUUUUAACACAUUUUUCCUAACCUUCACUUACGGUUAUGUAGUCCAGUCAUUUGGUAGUUUUACCUGGAAAGUUUUCCGGGAGUUUUGAAAAUUGGUGAAUUUAUAGAUUUGGGUAUGCUCUUUUCGAAUUUCAACUUUGCCACCUCGUACAACCGCCGGUCGCGCCGCCAUAUUGAAAAAAUGGCGGCUAAAAAUGGUUUUUUAUUAAUAUCUCCGUUCCGACGCAUUUUACGAAAAAAUAUUUAUCUACAAAAUUAAACUAGAAAAAAUUGCCUACAAUUUAUGUAUUGAUAACUUUUUCAUAAAAUCAAUAGUUUUUGGCGUACGAGCGCCGCAAAGUAUUAUUCAUCUGCACCACCACGUGUAUAAACAAUGUGUGUUGUGCAGCAACGACUGUCGCAACUGAGGGCUGGGCUCGCUGUCAUUGCAGAGGUAAGUCCCCUGUUUGAGGAGUGGCUAGAGAGGCGCCAUGGCGUCCUCUCCUACCGCCUGACGCAGGUGCUUACCGGACACAGGAGUUUCGGUAGGAUCCUGUUUUUGAUUGGGCGGGAGGAAACGCCCGGGUGUCAUCACUGCGAAGACCGCCCGGAGGACACAGUGGAACAUAUAACAUAACACAUAUAACAUCAGAAACAAGAACCUACCGAAACUCCCCUGUUUGUACAACACACAUUGUUUGUAAACGGUUUUUUAUUAAUAUCUCCGUUCCGACGCAUUUUACGAAAAAAUAUUUAUUUACAAAAUUAAACUAGAAAAAAUUUCCUACAGUUUAUGUAUUGAUAACUUUUUCAUAAAAUCAAUCGUGUUUGGCGUACGAGCGCCGCAAAGUAUUAUUCAUCUGCACCUCCACGUGUACAAACAAUGUGUUUUUUUUUAAUGUAUCAAUUCUUAAAAACUAAUUAUGAUAUCUCGUUCAAACCAAUUUUCUUUGAAAGUUUCCAUUAAAAUCUACAGCAUAUUAUAUUUUUUUUAGUUUUCCUACUCACUUAUUUUAAAAGUUAGAGGGCAGGACACAUUCGAUAGACCUCAUUUUUCCACUUUGGAAGUGUCUAUCUUUCAAACAAUUGAUUUUGACGAAAAAUGGUUUUAGGAACCAUGACGUAUUUUUAAUGGCCUAUCCAUAGACAACCAUUACGGGUAGGUUAGACGAAAAAAAAAAAUUUUUGAAGAGGUGCAGUGACCGUGCGCUCUCCGCCCUCUAUCUCGGAAACGGUGCACCGUAUAAAAAAAAAGUUUAGACAAAAGUUGUAGAGAAUUUUGUAUUCUACAAUAUUGGUAUUAAAUGCAAAUACCAAAAACCCAUAGGAAAUGAGAUAUUUCCAAAAAAGCGCAAAAAAACGUUUUUUGCGACCUUUGACCUUAAAAUUUAAUAGUUGCUCACACCCUAACAUAUGUAGGUUUUGAGACAAGUUUGAGGCAGUCAAUAUACAAGUAUAUACAAAAUUACAGCUGGGUAUCUCAAAUUUCGAGGUGAAAUCCUAAUUUGAUUGGACUAAUAAUACUUUGCGGCGCUCGUACGCCAAAAACUAUUGAUUUUAUGAAAAAGUUAUCAAUACAUAAAUUGUAGGAAAUUUUUUCUAGUUUAAUUUUGUAGAUAAAUAUUUUUUCGUAAAAUGCGUCGGAACGGAGAUAUUAAUAAAAAACCGUUUUUAGGCGCCAUUUUCUCAAUAUGGCGGCGCGAGCGGCGGUUGUACGAGGUGGCAAAGUUGAAAUUCGAAAAGAGCAUACCCAAAUCUAUAAAUUCACCAAUUUUCAAAACUCCCGGAAAACAUUCCAGGUAACCCCCUUUUUAUCUACCAAAUGACUGGGCUAUAUGGCAUCAGGAGAACAAUUAAGGCGCCUUUGGCAAAAUUUGAAGACCCGUCAAAGAGAUGCUCUCACAAGGGAGCGUCAACACAGAAUGGCCACUGGUGGUGGUGGUCCCUGCCCUGAUGCUGACAUCAACCCAAACAUAGCCGAGAUAUCUCCUGCUCUCUUCGUAGAAAUACAAGAUACUUUAGACUCGGACCACAUCGAGGUGGAAACUGUUCAGGAAGAAACUUUCAUGGAAACCAAUGUACCCCCCCCUGCUGUUGAUUCUCCAAUACAAAAUCCAGAAAUCACAAUCCAGCCAAAUCCCACUAUCUCACAUAGCACAAUUCAAUCUGUUGAAUCGAACCCCGAAUUAUUGUCAUCGAAUGAAAAAAACUGCGUGUACAAAUUUUAAAAGCUGAACAUGUCAGUCGAGAAAAAAGAGCAGAAGAACUACACAAGCUCCAAUUAAAAUGUAUAUUAGAAAAACACAAUUUAGAAAUUCAGAUUAUGGCAGAAAAACUAAAAGAAGCAAAAGCAAAAGCCGAGUCAGCACAACAUCACCAGUGAACUUAUAUUAGUUAUUAUUAUAUUAUGUAUUUCUACUGAAGAGAUCUCCGCAGAUGAGCCUAGAGCACCUUUUAUUUUUUGUGUUUAUUUUAUAGUUGUUGAUUAAUGAUAAUUGUUUAUGAUUGUUAAAUAGAGAGUUUAUUUUUUGUGUUUAUUUUAUUGAUGUUGAUUAAUAAUAAAAAGAUGAUUAUUUGUA